AUGGAAGAUGCUGUGGAAAACCUGCAAUCUAUUACCCAUGAAGAGUUGAUUUGGUCAGCGCGCGACCUCAAGAACUUGCGUGUCGCAGGGAGACGCAUGUAUCAGCUUUUCUCGCGGCGUCACAAGCGACUAUCUGGAGGCCAGACAGGACAGGAUGUUCAGAUCUCGUCUCUUACCUCAUGCUUUUUCCAAAUCUCUGUUGGCAGACAAUGCAAAGAUCCCCGAGAUAAACUCUACGCCCUGCUUGCCGUUGCCGAAGAAGAUCUAGACAUAAAGCCAGACUACAGCCUGUCUCCUUCCGUUAUCUUUUUAGACUUCGCCAUACGCUCUCUACUCAAGGGCGACCUGAAUCUCUUACACGCGAGCGGCCUGAAUCCAGAGAUUGAAGACGGGUCGAGUCCUCUAGUGCCUUGGACAACAAACUGGGACUAUAUGACGAACCCGCUUGACAUACUUGAACUCCGAUUCAGCGCUGCAUCGAUCUUUCCAGUCAAAGCCAGUGCCUUUGCUAGAGAUAUGGUAUCGAUCGCUGGCGUACGCGUCGACUCACUCAGUCAUUCAACAGCCAAAGAUCAAGUUAACUACUAUUGGGACUUCGCAAGGUGGUUCGUUGCCAAACAAAACCUACCAGGCACGGGUCUCGAUGUUAAUGCAUGGGGCUACGAUAUUCUGGGCGCAAUAAGGCCAAUCUCACCAUACAAUAAUCAACCCUUAAGAGUAUCCUUCGAACUGCUGACUACGCUGGAGACGCAGAAACGGCCAACGCCUGCAUACAACCCAGCAACACUUACUGAUAAUCACAUGUGGUUUGCCACAGAACGAUGGCAGAAGGACUGCACCAUCUUCAUAACGGAGCAGGGCUACCUCGGCCUCGGACCCUCCUGGAAGCUGCCAAACGACCAAGUCGUCAUCUUCGACGGCGCUGCGAACCCAGUUCUCCUUCGAAAAGCGGCGAACAAGGAUGGGGUGGACCAUUGGCAUCUAGUCGGAGAAUGCUACCUCCUCGGAUGGAUGCAUGGUGAUUACUUCGGCCAUACAGUGGUGGACGAGCUCCCAUCUGACGCCAGCGACAGUGAACAUGACAAGAAGUACUUGGUGAAGGAAUCGUUCGUGCUUUGUUGA